AUCUCAUUUAGAUCAUGCAUGCUUUAGGUUUCUGGCAUGAACAAUCUAGAACAGAUCGGGACAAUUACGUUUCUAUUCUUUUACAGAACGUCAGAGAAGGUGAAUAUACUAAACGUUCUUGAUACUAAACUUAUAGUUGAAACACACACAUGUUUUUAUGUUACUUACGCUUGCAAUAUUUAUUUAAUCAGUGUUAUUUUAGUGCGUCGUUAAUCAUAGAAACAAUUUAAAAUCUAAGAUCUUUUAAUUCUGAAUAGGAAAUAAACAUAAUUUCGACAAGAAAUUGAAAAAAGAUGUCACGACCUUUGGAUUUCCUUAUGAUUACCGAUCAGUUAUGCAUUAUGGAAAAACUGCCUUUGGAAAAUAUGUAUCUGGAAAGGAAAAGCAAACAAUUGUACCAAAAAAACAUCCAAAUCAGAAACUCGGUCAAUGCUGGUCAUGUGGAAUGUCAGAGACAGACGCUGAUCAAUUAAAUGCUAUGUAUUGUUCAGGUGUUCAAUUGUCGAUUACACCCAAGAUAUUAAAAAGACAAAUGGCUCGGUUAUUGGCAAAUCAUGCAGGACAAUCAAACAAUCGCUUCAAGCAUACUGUUCUAAAUCUUUUAAAAAAGAUUUACCCAAAAUACAAUUUCAUGGUGAACGUCUAUAAUGCCGUAUUUGGCUACGCCACGCAUGCCUACAUAGGUAAUUGCGUUCACAUCUUUCGUUCGCAUAAGAAAAAUUUGGUGGUUUGUUAUUCCAGCAAAACAUCUAGAUUCCCAUCCACAGCCAAAAAAACUAAGAUUUUUUCAGCAGCUUUGUGUCAGGUAUGUGUCAUUAUUCAUUGUUGAUGAAAUUUGUUUUGAAAUAGUCUGUGAGACAAUAAAACCUUUUUAAUAACACACAUUUACUUUCAGAAUUGUAACGCAAAAUGGGCACGCGAUACAGCAUGGAAGAAAGCAAAAUCGUUUGGAUAUCCUAUUGCUGGUGUUCAAGUCGUACGGUUUGGCUCUGGCUUGAGAUCAACCUGGAACGGUCCAGCUUACUUCAAAAAUUUCAAAUGUCACAAAUGUUCAGGAUGGUGGACCGGCAAGCGAUGUACAAAUAACCACGAUUCCAGUUUGGUCAUAUUGUUUGGAAAAGGCAUGUUUCGGAAAAUUUGCACAUUUUUUGAUACGUUCCAUGCACAAUUAGGCAGUAAACACAUUUGUACAUUACAUUUUCUUGGUAUUCUUUUAAUUGUAUUUUUGUAGGAAGCACGCAACACAUACAUUUUUUUC